AAACAUGUAAAGGAAGAUGAAGAUGAGGUUGUGGAUGAUGCAAAAUUGGAAGAAAUAAUAACUGGGGGUAAGGACAAUGGAAGAAAUGUUGAUGAUGAGGGGGAUUUUCAUGACUCGGACUAUAGUUUCAGUGAUAGGUCAGAAGAAGAAAUCAUAGGCAAUGAAAGUAGGUUUGCAGAACAGUCUAGCAAUUGUGGUCAAGCUGCACAGAUGGGGGUUGAACUUGGUGAAGAUAGUGAAUAUGCUGAUUCAGAUGCCUUCCAGUCUGCAUCUUCUACAGAUGAAGAGGAAUUAGCUUCAUCUAGGGCUAGAUAUCCUGAAUUUAAUGGUGAAGUUGACAUGAAGAACCCCCAAUUCAAAGUUGGUAUGAAAUUUAGGGAUUUCAAACAAUUUAAGGAGGCAGUCAGAAAUUAUGGGAUACAAAAUAGAUACGUGAUGAAUUUUAGGCCCAACACAAAGAAAAAGUGCAAGGCUUUUUGUAAAAAGGGUUGUCAUUUCUACUUGUGGGUAUCACCAAUGGUUGGAGACAAAAGCACAGUUCAGAUAAAAUCUGGAGUGUUUAAGCAUGAGUGUUCCAAAGACCAUAAUAAUAGACAUGUCAGAGCAAAUUGGAUAGCAAUGAAUUACCUUGAACAAUUUAGGGCAAACCCAAAUUGGGCCAUAUCUGUUAUUGUGCAGGUUGUGAAAACAAAUCAAAAAGUAAAUGUCAGUAGGUUGAAGGCAUACAGGGUCAAGUGCAUAGCACACAGGAUGAUAGAUGGUGAUGAGGAGUCACAAAUCCUUAGGUUGCAUGACUACAGGCUGGAAUUGAUUAGGACACACCCUAGGUCAAUUGUUAUCAUUGAGUGUAACGAAGAUGUGUUUGAAGGUAUAUAUAUUUGCCUUGCUCCUUUGAGAGCUGGCUUCUUGGCAGGUUGCAGGAGAUUGGUGUCACUUGAUGGAUGCUGGCUUAAAGGGUUGUAUGGAGGGCAAUUACUAUCUGUUGUUGGGAUAGAUGCAAAUGACUGCAUCUAUCCCAUAGCAUGGGCUAUUGUUAGGAGAGAAACCAAGGACAGUUGGACCAAAUUUCUACAAGUGCUUGCACAAGACCUCAGAAUUAAUGACAGCCAGCAAUGGGCCUUCAUGUCUGAUAGACAAAAGGGUUUAAUGCCUGCAAUACAUGAAUUAUUCCCAAACAGCGAGCAUAGGUACUGUGUUAGGCAUAUUCACACCAAUUUCAAGCAAACAUAUAAGGGAAAAACACUUAAGGACCAACUUUGGUCAUGUGCUAGGGCAACAUACCUUUCUGCAUAUAAGAGAGCAAUUGAAGGUUUGAAAGGUAUGUCCCUAGGAGCAUUUGAGUACAUGAAAAAGAUUGAACCGAAACAUUGGAGUAGAUUACACUUCCAUACCCAAUUCAAGUGUGACAUUCUAUUAAAUAACAUGUGUGAGGUUUUUAAUAGCCAAAUCUUGAAGCUAGGGUUAAGGGAGUCAUUACAAUGA